AUAGCCUUUAUAAUGGCUUAUCGGUGAAAUCCGAUAAGCCGUUAUAAAAGUAAUGACCUGCUUCGUACCACGGUCAGUUAAACAUUAUCUUUCGCCAAGCAUUGAAGUCCCCUGGGAUAGAGUUGAGUUAGGUUUUUUUUCAGUGAGCUGCAAUGAAAAGAUUCGAGCAGGUGGUUUGGUGGGCCUUAUGCGCCGUUAUUUUGAACAAUGCAACCGCUCAAGUCGAAGUGAAUCCAUGUGUUGGAAAUGUUGGAGUUUCAAGAGUUCCGGUCGUUGAAGACUGCACCAUGUUCAUCUUGUGCAUCGACGAACAGCCAUUUCCGCAGCAGUGCAGUCCUGGCUUAAUUUUCGACGUAAUCACGGACAAUUGUAACUUGGAGGAAAUUUCCGUCUGUAUUCAGGAGGUUUUGACUCCACCAACGCCCAAUGGCCCCGGUGAUGGAACAACAACUACUCCAGCUGGUGUAGAUCCAGAACAAACUACUCCGACCGGGGACGUUCCAGAAGCACCAACCCCAACGCCGUCAGUUCCUACAGCUCCCACUGCUCCAACGCCUGAAGCAACUACAACGGUAGUUCCUCCGGCUCCAACGCCUAGUCCCACGCCUUCCACCGUUGCCCCACCCGCUCCCACUCCCGCUCCCACCCCUGCACCAACCCCUGCUCCCACUCCUGCUCCCACCCCUGCUCCCACUCCUGCUCCCACCCCUGCUCCAACCCCUGCCCCCACCCCUGCUCCAACGCCUUCUCCCACCCCUGCCCCAACGCCUUCCCCAUCGCCAACCGAACGUCCACCCGGCGCCCCGGACUGCCCACCCGGCGAAUUGUUCUACGCACCUCAUCCGGACUGCACCCGCUUCUUCCGAUGCGUUUUCGGAACUCUCUUUGUGCUGGAUUGUCCCCCAAAUCAGCACUGGAACCAGGAGCGAGAGUACUGCGACCACAUCUGGAAUGUACCUUGUAACAACUGAUACCGCCAGGAUUGCAAUAGACUAAGUUAAGCAAAUACCUACCGACUCAUUUCCUUGUGGAAAUUGAAUGUACAAUGCUCUUGGGCUACC